GAAAUGGUUUGGUCCUUUCCAGAAAUCAGGCGCAAACGCGCUGUCUACGCCAUUACUUCUUCUUACGUCGACGCUUAACGGUCGGUUAGUAGGAGUUCUCCAGUUUUUCCCUGCCAUCCUCUAGUUUGAUCACCAAAGAGCAAAAAUGCGUGAAUGCAUCUCCAUCCACGUUGGACAGGCUGGUGUCCAGAUUGGGAAUGCCUGCUGGGAGCUCUAUUGUCUGGAACAUGGCAUUCAGCCUGACGGACAGAUGCCCAGCGAUAAGACUAUCGGAGGAGGAGAUGAUUCGUUUAACACCUUCUUUAGCGAGACUGGGGCUGGAAAGCACGUCCCCAGAGCUGUUUUUGUGGACCUGGAACCCACUGUCAUUGAUGAGGUGCGGACUGGGACCUACCGCCAGCUGUUCCACCCUGAGCAGCUGAUCACAGGCAAGGAGGAUGCAGCAAACAACUACGCCCGUGGACACUACACGAUUGGAAAAGAGAUCAUCGAUCUUGUUCUGGACAGGAUCCGCAAACUGGCUGACCAGUGCACUGGCCUUCAGGGUUUCCUGGUGUUCCAUAGCUUCGGAGGUGGUACUGGCUCUGGUUUCACCUCCCUGUUGAUGGAGCGCCUCUCUGUUGACUAUGGCAAGAAGUCAAAGCUGGAGUUCUCCAUCUACCCAGCUCCCCAGGUGUCCACUGCUGUGGUGGAGCCCUAUAACGCCAUCCUGACCACCCACACCACUCUAGAGCACUCUGACUGUGCCUUCAUGGUAGAUAACGAGGCCAUCUACGAUAUCUGCCGUAGAAACCUCGAUAUCGAGCGUCCUACCUACACCAACCUGAACAGGUUGAUCAGUCAGAUUGUGUCCUCCAUCACUGCUUCCCUCCGCUUUGAUGGCGCCCUCAAUGUUGAUCUGACUGAGUUCCAGACCAACUUGGUGCCCUACCCUCGCAUUCACUUCCCCCUGGCCACCUAUGCCCCAGUCAUUUCUGCAGAGAAGGCUUACCAUGAGCAGUUAACAGUAGCAGAGAUCACAAAUGCUUGCUUUGAGCCAGCCAAUCAGAUGGUAAAAUGUGACCCUCGCCAUGGCAAGUACAUGGCCUGCUGCCUUUUGUACCGUGGUGACGUGGUGCCUAAAGAUGUCAAUGCUGCCAUUGCUACCAUCAAAACCAAGCGCACCAUCCAGUUUGUGGACUGGUGCCCGACUGGUUUCAAGGUUGGCAUCAACUACCAGCCACCCACUGUGGUUCCUGGUGGAGACCUGGCCAAGGUCCAGAGGGCAGUGUGUAUGCUGAGCAACACCACUGCUAUUGCUGAGGCCUGGGCCCGACUUGACCACAAGUUUGACUUGAUGUAUGCCAAGCGUGCUUUUGUACACUGGUAUGUGGGUGAGGGCAUGGAGGAGGGCGAGUUCUCUGAGGCCAGAGAAGACAUGGCGGCUCUGGAGAAGGAUUAUGAAGAGGUUGGAGUUGAUUCUGUUGAUGGUGAGGGAGAGGAGGAAGGAGAGGAGUAGUAACUGUUCUUGUUGAGCAUUGUUGUUAAAUGCAUUUGAAAAUGUCAUUGUUUUUGUCUCCAUAUCACAUUCUCCCAUCACUGCUUCAUUUUUUACUUUUGUCUUUUUAACAUUGUAGCAGUUUGUUCUUUCAGUUGCUGCUAAUAAAGUGAUUAAAAACAAAA